GUGACCAAAGUUCUGGACGCCCAUGGCAUCGCAUGCACACUGGACCUAGUUCACGGAUCCAUGUCCGUCCGGACAACACGUAAAACAUUCGAUCCAUACAUCAUCCUCAAAGCGAGAGACCUCAUCAAACUACUCGCAAGAGGGGUUGCGAUCACGCAGGCUCAGAAGGUAUUACAGGACGACGUGGCUUGCGAUAUCAUCAAAAUUGGGAAUCUGCGGAUUAUUGGACCGGAUGGGAGUACGCUGAAGGCCAUUGAGCUAUUAACCCAGUGCUAUAUUCUCGUACAAGGGAAUACCGUCAGCGUCAUGGGUCCGUACAAGUCACUAAAAGAAGUCCGACGAAUAGUCCUCGACUGCAUGAAAAACAUUCAUCCCAUCUACCGCAUCAAGGAACUGAUGAUAAGAAGGGAACUCGCAAAGGAUCCCAAGUUAGCAACAGAGUCCUGGGACCGGUUCCUCCCCACGUUCAGGAAACAACAUCUGAAGACCUCCGAAAAGACGAUAAAGAAAAAGAGAAAUUCUGACAAAAAGGAGAAAUCAGCAAAGAAAGUGUACACGCCCUUUCCCCCGCCACAGCAACCAUGGAAGGUUGACCUUCAGCUUGAGUCGGGAGAGUAUUUCCUCAAACCCCAUGAGCGAGAGGCCCGGGAAGUUCAACAAAGAAAACAAAAGCAAGCUGAAGCAACACUCAAACGACGGGCAGAAUGGGCAGAGGUGUAUAUCGCUCCCACAGAAGAGGCGGCCCCUACAGUUGAAGAGAAACGAAAGCGACGUCAUAGGGAUGUGCAUGACGAUGAUGGAACUGCGAGGUCGAAAAAGAAGAAAAAGGACGUUGUUGCAUAGGCGCAAUGGACUUGUCACAUCGUUUUGUGCGCGCAUCGUGAACGCAAUGCUACUCAUAGAAUAUUUUGAUGCAUGCUGCAUAUUGAAGACAUCCUACUGCCAAUAUUAUGUUCGACCCAUGAUGCAUUACUAGCGUUACGCCAAAAUACGAUAAAAAUCACUAAGUACAAGCACUGAAUCGAAUCAGCAAGUGUCGAACAAAAAGCACGAUCAAGUAGGAAUAUCCCCCUGCAGCCUAAAGUCCCUACUGCUCGCACCAAUAGAGAACGAGAUCUGGUCAUCAGGCUUGCGCCACCCCUGAGCGACGACAUCCCAGAUAGACAGGUCAUAGCGAGAAAGCGUGAUCGAGGCUUGUUCUGUGCUUGACGGUGAGAUUUCGACGUUUGUGAAGCCCUUU